AUGGCGACUACAAGCGGAGCUUUCCCGAUUCCAAAGCUUACGAAAGACAACUAUGAAAGAUGGAGUAUUCAAAUGAAGGCGUUCCUUGGUGGACAAGAUGUAUGGGAUGCCAUCGAAGAAGAUGUGGAUGAUACCAUCUUCGAGAAGAUCGCUCAUGCCACCACAUCGAAGAAGGCAUGGGAUACUCUUGAAAAUGCUUUCAAGGGUAUUGACAAGGUGAAAAAGGUGCGGCUUCAAUCACUUCGUGGAGAAUUCGAAGCUUUGCAAAUGAAGGAGUCAGAAGCAGUCUUCGACUAUAUCUCUCGAGUUACGGCGGUCUCCAAUCAACUCGUAAGCAACGGUGAAAAGAUGACAGAUAGUCGAAUCGUGGAGAAGAUACUUCGGUCACUAUCUCCGAAGUUCGAUCAUGUCGUUGUGGCGAUUGAAGAAUCUAACGACAUUGAGAAAAUGACCGUUGAUGAACUCACCGGAAAGCUUCAAGUUCAUGAAGAAAAAAUUAAAAGGAGACACAAAGAGCCGAUCGAGCAUGCUCUUCAAGCAAAGGUGAAUAUUGAAGAGAAGAAAAAUGAUUAUCGGAACCAAGGUGGACGUGGUCGUGGUGAAGGACGGGGGGAUGAGUGA